CUGUACCUCUCCUCCUCCUCUGUCUCCACAGGUCCGCACCCGGUCAGUGGGCGAGUGCGUGGAGUACUAUUACAUGUGGAAGAAGUCGGAGCGCUACGAUUACUUCGCCCAGCAGACACGGUUCGGAAGGAAGAAAGAUUAUGCGGAUAAUUUUCUAGACGGCGGCGAAGUCGAAAGCGGCGGCCGCUCCCGUGGCUCCCCACCCCUCCCUUCGGCCACAGGGUGCCUGGAUCCUCGCUUCAAUCCAGAUCACCUGGCAAUGGAGAGUGCAGAGCCCCUGAGCAUCGAGAGCGCCGCGUGCAGCUUGGGCAGCACAAGCGAGUCGGGGCACGGGUACGAGUGCAGCACCCCUUCGGAAACAAACUGUUCCUUCGACCCCACCGAAGAGAUACCCGUGGGCGGUGGCGGCAGCACACCUGCUUUCCUGCAGCACCCGCCCAACCCCUCGGAAGCUGGGUUCUACCCGCUAGCGGCUGCAGACAAACAAGAAACUGUGCAAUGCACUGGGGAGGCCAUCGCUGUGGACUUCGCCCUCCCAGGGAACGUUUCAGAGGGGCUGCCGUUAAUUUCGGGCCACGUGGGACUGGGCCGGGGCCCAGAGACGUCGGCGGCUCCCACUCAAGUGUCCUUAUCGGUCCCUGACUUCAGCCUCCUCGGCAUCGGAGAUGUAAAUACCUUCCUGGCCGCGCCGCAGGCCUGCCCGACACCAGUGACUCGCUCGGAAUCCUUGUCGCAGUGAAAGUCCCCGAGGAUGGGUUCGUUGCGGACCAAGUGUUGAUUUGGACCGGACUGGAUCGAAAUCCCUGGGGAGCACGGAGGCAGGUUGGAGUGGCGGGUCGGUCGUCCCCCUUCCCUGGGCGGUGCGCCUUCCCGAACCGCUGGCAGGUCAGCUACUUCCUUCUGCCCUUCCUUGACGUCCCGAUUGCUCUCCAUCGGAACCAAACGCCUCCAGCGCACUCUGGUGCAGCUUUACCAAGCCGGUAGAAGGGGGCCUACGACCCCCAUGGGGUCACCGUUGACGGGAGGCCAAAGCCAUGCGCAGGGCGGAGGAGCUGUGGACUCUCCCCCAAGCCAAGCAUCCCGUGUCGCCAGCCGAGGUGCUCCAGCACAAAAAGGGAUGCCCCAGGGCGGUGGGAGAGCAGAAGGGAUCCUUGAGCACCUUUUGAAGGGGGAGGCUAGGUUAGGGUGAGGCGGAGGGGCUUCGGGCAGUUGGCCAUAGAGGUAAGAAUCAGAAAAUGGAGGGAGAUCCUCAGUUUCAGGUUGCAGCAGCAGAAAUAGGUACCUCUUCUUUUCUUUUCUUGUAUUUUUCUUCAUAUUUUUUGGAUUGGGGGGGGGGCAACGUUGCCAAAUCUUAAAACUGUGUCCCACGCCUCUAGGCUGGGUGACCUAUCUUUGCUUCUGUUUGUCCACCUUAGAGCCUCAUCUGCCCUCUUAUUCUCGAUUGCCCAGAAAGGGGAAGACCCUUUCCGGCUUGGCUCAUCGUCCCCACCCACCCAUCCCGUCCCGGCAAGGACACCUGUUUACCAUGUGGCUUUUCAAGGCUCAGGUGCUGAGCUGCUGCCUGUGUGGCACACGCACAGAGGGAGGCUGGAGCGAAGGCAGGGGGGGUGGCCACAGAGAACGACCACGAAGGGGCUGCCGCUCUCUUGCCCAAGCUCCCUGGCUCACAGGCCCAGCAGGGGGCACAUUCCAGAACUGUGGCGUCCACCGGGGGCAUCUUGGGGUGCCGGCGUCCCAGCACGGCUCCCGGUAUUCAGCAAGGCCAAGCUGUACCUUCUGUAGCAAGCUUAGGGGUGGGGGAUCAAAGUCAGCGAAAGAAUGUGUUCACUUUUCCCAGAGCUUUGACGGCAACCGGGAAACGUUGAAAGGUGCCAAACUGAAAUUGUGUGUGUGUGUGUGGGGUGUUAGCACAGAGGAGGGCAGCCCCCCUCCCUACCGAUCCUUGGCCAGGGCAGGCUGGCUCUGGUGUAGCCGUCGUCCCCUUAGCCCAGUGCCCUUUGGAAAAGAUCCUGUGCCCCGGCUUCUUCUGGGCUUCCUCCUACAUCCGUUGCACACGCAGCCAGCGCAUUGUACGUCUGCCCCCCAUGAUUUCUGCAGGCAUAUCAGGCAAGGAAAUGUGAAAAACGCCCUUCUGCUAUUUUUCUCCCAGCUUCAUCCCUGCCAGGACCCCCCCCCCCAAAAAAAACCCCUUAAAAAGAGCAUCCAGCCAUUGGGGGCAGCAGAAUUAGGAUGCAGGCAUAUAGCAGUUGCCUCCAUACCCCACCCGUAAUACGCAUAUUACUAGCCCUCAUCCCCUCCUUCCACGGUUCACACCAGAUGUGCGAACACUCGGGAGAGACUCCGGGGGACCCGUGCCUACCUGGGAACAGGGGUAAGAAAACUGGCCAGGAUUGGUUGCCAAAGGAACAGAGGAAGAGGUGACUGAGACUCAUGGAAAUGCUCACACCUGCUUCUGUCCCCUCUGACGUCUCAGCGUAUAGUUUUGCCUGAGAGUCCUGAGUAGCAUUCUGCUACUGUCGUUCCCCGCACCGCCUCCCAUUUACCCCCCCUCCCUCCCGCCCUGGGUGACUUCUGGCCUGGCACUUUGCUGCCUUUGUAUCUGACGGUUCAGUGGCUGAUUGUCAACCCCGUCUCUGACGGCAUCGCAGCGUCUGUCAAGAGGUGGGCAUUGCCAGGCAAGCCGUAGCCCGGCCUCUUUUCCUUUGACCCAUUUCUCGGCCCCACUUUGUUUUGGGGGCGGGGGGAGAUUUUGCUCUUUGCCCCUCGGUCAGUUCACUAUGCUCAGGGCUUCCAUUUCUUCCGUGGUACUUCCACUUCCUGUGAAUGUCCUGGGUCCUCUAGGUUUCGCACGCCAGCCCUUGUGGCUUGAGGGUCAUUUUGCACACGGCGGGGCUUUGGUUUGGAGGGGCCGGGAGAGCAGGGCUGGCCGUUUUCACCCUUCCCGAAACGGGGGCGUCGGUCAGUUUUGCACAGUUGUGCUUCCUCAGGAUGGAGGGCUUCCGGAACCAGUGCGCCGGUGCCCCAAACGGAAUUGCACCCCUUUCUGCCUGCCAGUGAGCCAACGCACGGAACAAGCAGUGUGGUCCUUGCAGUCCCCGUCCCUCAGGGCAAAACCGGGCCAAGGAGCAAUUCCCGUGCGGCCUUUGCUCCUGAAGGGCCAGUGGAAAAGGGAAAGCAGCCAAUGGAAAAGGGAAACCAAACUCAACCCCUUAUCUUCAGUAAGGAGCCCCGGGCGUCCCGGUUCAUGACGACCCCUUUGCCAAACACGUCUUCCCGGCCUCCAAAGGGACAUGUUCGGUGCUCUGCAGGUUGGCGGCACGGGGAGCCUCCUCGUUCUCUCUCUCGCUCCGCCCACCACGAUCUGUUUUCAUUUCCAUUUUCAUAUUUCAAAUAUGUCUUAUUAUUUAUACGUAUAAAUAUAUAUAUAUAUUUCAGUUUCGUUUACAAAUUUGGGGGAGGCAGGCUGCCUUUAAAAAGGGAGGUAAAGCGUGGGUGGGCUAUCCGCCAGGAAGUGGGAGGAACUGACAGCUCUUGGGGGCUUGCUUCUUUCGGGGAGGGGGGGCAUCAUGCGAAAAAGCGGCUUCCUUCCAACUUCCUGUGUCCUACAUUCCCCUCCCCCCCCUCCCGGCAGCUAGGAAGCCUCCACUGUGAAGUUCUGAUGCCUUGAAAUACCCUUCACCAUUUAUUUAUUUAAUUAAAAGGCCUACGUUGAAAAACCA